AUGCCUGAGGUUAACUGCCUCGGUGCAGAACCUGCAUUCUGCAACCCCUCCAAAUGUAUUUUCAACCUUCGUCUCCGUGGGGCCUCUCCUCUUGUUUCCAUCUUUGUCUUGACUCUUCUUGUCGCUGCGCCAAAGUUGAGUCCUCAGUGGGCCACCGCGACGACCGUUUUAAAGGACCAGGGCUUCCAUGCGGCAAUUCACCAUUUGGGAAAUAACAGGGAAGGGAGGCGCCCUGAGUCGUCUUCUUGGGGAUUCUCAGACCAGUCUCCCUCAGCUCCCAGGUUUGCAGCAAUCCCGAAGUCAGUCGAGCUGUCCUCUUUCCUCCAGACUGAUGCCUCACCCUCCAGCGGAGGCAUCUGGGCUGGCGUAAAGAAAUACGUCGAGCUCGGCACCAGUGGCGAGCGGCACGUAGCCCAAGAUGAUAAUGAGAAAAAGACAACGAAUGGCGAUACUGCUCAAGGGGACAUGCCUUCGCAGGAAGGUGCCACUGCGGCAGAAGCACAGCCGCAAGAAGCAAAGGAGUCGGAAGAUGCAUUUUCACACGAAACCACAGGAAAGGUGGAGACAGAAACGGAAAAUAAAUCGGAAGUGUACCGCCACAUGGCCCAGGAAGAGCUACGAAGCGCCAGGGCCGAUUUGGUCAAGCAAACAAACGGAACACCGGAAGAGUACGAGGAGACAGGAAGCUUUCCUUCCCUCUGUGGGUCAUGGCAGACAGUACCGUCUUCGCCGCACUUCUCCUCAAAUAAGGAGUUCACGCGCUACAGCCAGCAAAAUGCCAGCCUUUUGGAAGGCGAGUCGGACACAGCAGAUCCCUUACCGUAUCCAACAUGCCAGUGGCUACCGCGACGCGGCAUUCACAUUUCCGAGAGGCGUACUUACGGGUUCAAACCAAAUGUCGUCAGCAUAGAACGCCUCGAGUUCCAUUCUGAAGAGGGAUGCCUACCGAAACACCUGGCAAAAGUCUGGCGUUACUCGGGAUACUGGGACCCGCAGUCUGCGGCAAAAGAUCCGCAGACGAAAUCAGAGGAAAUCCCAGCAAAGCUUUCCUGGUCAAGAGUAAACAUCAAGAUGGAAGUCAAUGCUCUAUCGCGCUCACAGCACCUGGCGCCACCCGAUGCGCGUUCAGGGGAGCCGACGCCUGUAGAGGCGGAGUGCUUGGGCGAUGGAGACCGCAUGUGGAUUCCGCCGGUAAGGCACAUGCACUUGGAUCUUCGAGACACAUGCACGCGACCUCACGGAAAUUUCCUUUAUUCUCAACCAGUACCACCUGAGUUCAUCAUCACGCCUCAAGAGAUCCCCGUCAGCCACGAAGUGUUGGCGCAUCGACUCAAACGCCGACUGCGGGCACGGAUGAGUAUUCUGCAACGGAAACACACGAACUCUCCUGAUGUGCCGCGCGACGUCUCUCUAAAAUCCGAGGCGGAGGAAGCGAUUGCAAGCAAAUGGACUGACGCCGUUGACCAGCGAUUCGCCACCCGGUGGAGAGACUACUUGGUUCAACAGAACCUUUGGAUCGAAAAAGUGUGCCAGUGGCAUUUGCUCCGAGAAAGCUGUUUGGUCCCGCCUCCCUUGGCAGGUCCCACUCCACCGGAACAUCACAAGGAUAAAGGAGACGGCAAGAAGGAGCACGAGAGCCAGUGCUACAUUCCAUCAGUCCGACACUCUCUGACCCGAGAGAAUGGCAUUGACUACCUCGAUGUUCCUCUGUUUCCUUUUACCGAAGACGCUGAACACGUGCGGCUACGCAAAGUCGGCGGUUGUAAUCCCCACUUACAAGUUGACUUACGACAGAACAAAGACGCUAGUAAAUUGGCUGAAGAACAGGAACGGCACUCCGCAGACGAAGAGUUAGCCUCCGUUGCAGUUACUUCGAAGAGUAUUCACCCUCACAACCACGCAUCGUCGCCUGGUGUGAAUCAGGGUGCCGCGGGAGGAACCGCGAUUCCCGUGCCCAGUGUAACGGAUGCGAAAAACGUUAAUACACAUGAACGUGCAGAAAACGCACCAGACGCUGUUGCACCGGAGAUGCUGGCUCAGAACGUCCCGACUGAUGAAGCUGGGCAGCAGGACGCAGCCAAGCUCGGCAGUCAAGAUGAAGCAACUAUCAAACCUGUGGCACAACAAGACAUCCCGGUGGAAAAAGCUACCUCCACAGAUGCGACAGAGUCGGUUGAAACGCCUGUUGAGAAGAUUGGUGAAAACUCGCAGGAGGAGCCUGCGGCUGUCGAGCAGCCGUCGUCAGUAGAGGGACAGACGGAGCCAGACCAGCAGCCCAGUGACGAGGAAGCCCAAAAGGAUGGUGCUGAAAACGAGACACCAGAAUCUACGGGUGAAACAGCAGAGACACCAGCUGCAGAGAUUCCAGAGCAAGAAGCAGAGAGUGCAGCUCCCGCCGUCGAUGCUAGUUCGUCGGACGCAGCCGGUCCGGCAGCCACAGAGGCACCCGACCAGGAGACGGGUGAAGCAAACGAGGAAGCAUCUUCGGCGACAGAAGACUCUUCUUAA